UCACAAAAUUUUCAAACUACAAAUCAAUGUUUCAAUGACCCUCCUCUGUUUUUUUCCUCUGUUUUGCUUCAAAAGGAAUGAACUUGUUAAUCGAUUCAUUCUCAAUUUGCAUCAAUUAGUUUUUUUGUGAAAUACCCAUUUCGAUUUUGGUGAGUAUGGUUUCUAUGAAAGGUUUUUUUCGUAUAAAGAUUGAAUUUUUCGUUUGUUACUUUUGGGUUUUUCUUUCUAAGGUUAUGAAAACUCUGUUUUGGGGUUUCACCAAAAUCUUCAUAAGAUUCUUUAGUCCUAAAGCAAUGGACCCAAUUUGUUCAUCUGAAUUUUCCAUUGAAAAUCAUCAAAUUGAAGCUAAUGGAGAAGAUUCUUCAGAAAUUUUUGAAGAUACCAAGGUAGAGUAUGAAAGUUUUGAGGAAUUUUAUGAUUCUUUCUCAAAUGAAAGUGAUCAAAUUGAGUCUAAAUGUAGCAAUCUAGAAGGUGAACAAAUUAGUGUAGAAAAUGUUGAUUAUAGUGAAAAUUUUGACCUUGAGGAAGAGGAAAAAUCAAAGUUGGUUUUCAAAUUUCAAUAUCAAAAUUGGGAUUUGAACAUUAGUGAGGAAUUGAAAGGAAAUUUAAGUGAAAGUAGUGAUUUUGACGAAAGGGGUGAUGUAUCUGCAAACACUAACAAGUAUGAAUUUAUCUCAAGAACUAGUUUUAGUCAAUUCUUGGAUCAACCUGAGGCUGAAAAUUUUGCUGUCAAAGAAUUUUUCAUUCAUUCAAAUGAUGAUUUUCCAUUGGAAAAUUGUGUUACCAAUGAUUGUGAAGAGGUUGUUAAUGAGAAAACUCUUGAUAAUUUCACAGAAAAUGUGCACAUAGAAGAGGUAUCAGAGAAGCUCAAGAAUGAGCUAUCUACCGAACAAAAACCUUCGGAACCAUAUUCGCAUAAUUUUCUUUUCGACGAUGAUUUCAUUUGUUCAACAUCUGACUCAGAUUCUAUCAGUUCAUUAGGUGAUGGUUUUUUAUCAGACACAGAUUUUGGAACAACUACUGAGCAUGACACAUUAGAAAACAAUGAAAAGGAUUUGGACUUUGUCAAUAAGAAAAGCAUAGAGAAUUUGGAUUUUGGUUAUGAGCCUGAUGAAUUCGGCGAAGAAGACGAAGAUAUAAUGAAUGAGCUUGGAAGAUUGGAAGAAGAAACUAGGCUGCAAAAAUCUUCAGUCAAUUCCAAACAUGAACAAUCUAGUUUAACUGGUUUAGAUCUCGAGGAAUCGAAUCGGUUCGACACGCUUUGGGAACAUCAAGAUUUGAUAGAACAGUUGAAGAUGGAAUUGAAGAAGGUCAGAGCUACUGGUUUACCUACCAUCCUUGAGGAUUCUGAGUAUCCAAAGAUUAUGGAAGAUUUGAAGCCAUGGAAAAUUGAUGAAAAAUUUCAACAUGGUAAUAGUACUACUACAAAUGAGCUUCCAAAAUUCUACAAAAGUUACAGAGAAAGAAUGAGAAAAUUUGAUAUCUUGAAUUACCAAAAGAUGUAUGCUUUAGGUUUUGUGCAGUCAAAGGAUCCACUCCAAUCAUUUUCAAGCCAUAAGAAAGCUUCAUCAUCAAUCACAUACAUUCUUCCACGUGGAUUUAGCUUCUUUAGACGUAAAAACAAUGUUGAAGCUGACCCAAUGAAGAAAUUCAUAAGAGAAUUAUAUUGUGACUUGGAAAUGGUUUAUGUGGGACAAUUGUGCCUUUCUUGGGAAUUCCUUCAUUGGGAAUAUGAAAAGGCAUUGAAGAUAUGGGAAUCUGAUCAAUAUGGAUUGCUAAGGUUCAAUGAAGUAGCUGGAGAGUUUCAACAAUUCCAAGUGCUUCUUCAAAGAUUCAUAGAGAAUGAACCUUAUCAAUGUCCAAGGGUCGAAAACUAUGCCAAGAAUCGUUGUGCCAUGCGCAAUCUUCUUCAAGUUCCUGUCAUACGAGACAAAGGGAAGGAUAGAAAGAAGUUUAGAAAACGAGAAGUUGACAAUUAUGCCAUCACAAGUGACAUGCUAGUAGAAAUUUUAGAAGAAUCAAUAAGAACAAUUUGGCGUUUUAUAAGAGCAGAUAAAGAUGCAUCAAACUUGACAAAUAAGAGUCUUAAAGAACAUCAAGUGGAGCUCCAAGACCCUGUUGAUUCACAGAUUCUAGUGGAGAUUCGAAUGGAUCUUCAAAAGAAAGAAAAGAGAUUGAGAGAACUUUUGAGGAAUGAAAGUUGCAUAUUGAAGAAAUUCCAAAAGCAUCGUGAAGAUGAAACAGAUCCAGUGCUUUAUUUUUUCUCUCAAGUUGAUAUGAAAUUAGUUUGGAGAGUUUUGAAUAUGUCAAGGAUAACGACGGACCAACUAGCAUGGUGUCGUAGUAAAUUAAACAAUAUCAAUUUUGUAAACAAAAGGAUACAUGUAGAACCAUCAUUCUUACUUUUUCCUAGUUAAUGAUUAAUUAAUUAAUUAAUUGUUAGCUUAGUACAUAUGCUCCUUUACAUUUAGGUGGUCAUCAUUAUUGAAUUAGUAAAGAAUUUUUGGUUAUGAUUAACAAGUUGUUUGGCCUAA